AGUCGCACAGUGCGCAUGCGCAGACACAGCGCAGAUACAGCGCAGGCAUCAUGGCGUUCAAUUUUGGCGCUACCGCGAGCAAUCCAGCUACAAGUACAACGGGGUUUUCUUUUGGCUCGUUUGGUGCCAAACCCACAGCAGCUUCCACAGCGUUUGGCUUUGGUGCUCCAGCCACGGCCACCACAGCUUCAUCCGGGUUUGGCACGUUUACAGCUCCCAACUUUGGCACAGCCACCACCAGCGCAGCUGCACCGUCCACAGGCUUUAACUUUGGCUCCUCCAACACGGGCACUUUUGGGGGAUUUGGAACCACAACAACCUCUGCUGCAGCUCCUGGGUCAACUUUUAGUUUUGCCGCUCCUUCAACUGCCACAGGUGGUCUUUUUGGUGGGACACAAAACAAAGGCUUUGGGUUCUCCUCUGGCCUCGGUGCAGGAACUACCACUGGAGCAUCAGCUUUUGGAACUGGUUUAGGGACAACCAGCCUCGGUGGGUUUGGAGGUUUUAGUAUUCAGCCAACACAGCAACAGCAAGGCGGCUUGUUUGGUCAGCAGGCGCCACAGCCAGGCCAGACUCAGCAGACGCAGCUUUACCAGCAAGUUAUGGCCCUGUCGGCUCCAACUUUACUCGGAGAUGAGCGUGACACCAUCUUAGCCAAAUGGAACCAGCUGCAGGCAUACUGGGGCACAGGAAAGGGCUAUUAUGCUAACAACAAUCCUCCUGUUGACUUUACCCAGGAAAACCCUUUUUGUCGCUUCAAGGCAGUUGGCUAUAGCUGCAUCCCUGUAACGAAAGAUGAAGAUGGAUUAGUGGCAUUAGUUCUCAAUAGAAAAGAACAAGAUGUUCGAGCUCAACAGCAACAGUUUGUCGAGUCCCUCCAGAAAAUCUUGGGAAGCAACCAAAUGUUGUCUGUUAAUGUAGAAGGUGUGAAGUCCCUGCCGGAUGAUCAGACAGAGGUGACCAUUUAUGUUGUGGAGCGAUCACCAAAUGGCACAUCGAAGCGUAUUCCUGCCUCCACCCUCUUCAGUUACUUGGAACAGGCCAAUAUAAAGAUUCAGCUAACACAACUUGCUGUGACGAUGUCUGUUGCACGCACAGAGUUGUCUCCAGCACAGCUGAAGCAGCUGCUGCAGAAUGCUCCAGCUGGUGUUGAUCCUAUAAUUUGGGAACAGGCAAAGGUGGAUAAUCCUGAUCCAGAAAGAUUAAUUCCUGUACCAAUGGUGAGUUUUAAAGAACUAUUACGGAGAUUGCAAAUUCAAGAACAGAUGACCAAACAACACCAAACCAGAGUGGAUAUAAUCUCUAAUGACAUAAGUGAACUACAGAAGAACCAGGCAACAACAGUGGCUAAAAUCGCUCAAUAUAAGAGAAACCUGAUGGACCUCUCCCACAGAGUUCUGCAGGUUUUAAUAAAACAGGAAAUCCAAAGAAAAAGUGGAUAUGCCAUUCAAGUUGAUGAAGAGCACCUCAGAGUCCAGCUGGACACUAUUCAGUCUGAACUCAACGCUCCCACUCAGUUCAAGGGUCGUUUGAAUGAACUGAUGUCCCAAAUCCGAAUGCAAAACCACUUUGGUGCUGUGAGAUCAGAGGAGCGCUACAGCGUUGACGCAGACCUCCUCAGAGAAAUCAAACAACACUUAAAACAGCAACAGGAUGGUCUGAGCCAUUUAAUUAGUGUGAUCAAAGACGAUCUGGAGGACAUCAAACUAAUAGAACAUGGACUGAGUGACAGUGGACAUUUAAGAGGAGGCGUGUUACACUGAAUCUGUCCAUAUAUUUGUUCAUAGAAAAGAUUUUCAAAGUAUAUGAGUUGUCCUUGUUUAAGAAAGGUCUGAUGGUUCAAUUUCAGCAUUUCAUGUUAUUCACUUAAUCAGCAUGACAUAAAUGAAGAUCUAAAAUUGUAAGAUAUAAAAUAUUGUUAAUACAUGAAAUAAUGUUAUGAGGCUGCAGCUGAUGUAUUACAUAUAAGGAAGGUUGGAGUUUUUAAAAAUAUACUUUUGUUCUUUUUAUAAUGUGUGUAAUAAAUGGAUGUAAAUGUCUG